UAUUUUAUACAACAGCUUGUUUUUUUUUUUACUUCCUUAGUUUUGUCUUGCUUUUUUCCCCCACAAAAUCAAAACUAGUACUAUAUUUUUUCUCAGAUUUGAGCAUUAAAGAUGGCUGCUGUUUCCAAUGCAGAUCAAAUGAAUAAAUACAGAGAUACUGCAAAUGUAUACUCUAAAUUGCCGGAAGGCAAAGCCGUUGCCAUGGAGUCAUCUGGGUCUUCAGAGGAGGACGAAGAAGAGACUGACGCCCCACCGCUUCCCAAGCGUAACAUGAGAGUCAAAUUUCAAGAAGAGCCCCUCCCAAAGAAAGAGAAACCCAAACAAAAACAAAAGCGAAGUAUAUUAAAGUGGAAAGGGUCUGAUGAGGACACGAAGGAGGACACGAAAGGAGAGGUUCGUAUGAAGAGGGACACACUUCGGGGGGAUAGCGUGAGGGUGGCAACCAAAGGGGAGAGGGACGUGGACCUGACUUACAAGGUGCUGCAGACAGACGGGAAAAAGGGAGGGAAUUUAUAA